AUGACGGAAAGAUCGGAGCAACGAAUUUGUAUCAAAUUUUGCUUAAAACUCGAAAAGAGUUGUGCGAAGACCAUCGAAAUGAUGAAAAAGGCAUUUGGGCACUGGUGUAUGAGCAACACACAAAUCAAAGAGUGGUAUAAGCGGUUCAAAGAUGGCCGCACAUCUGUUGAUAGUAACCCACACUCUGGGCGGCCUUCCACGACAACAACACCUAAUAAUAUCGAACGUGUGCGACUUGCAAUCAACGAAGAUCGUCUAUUGACUGUGCGAGAACUAGAAUAUGAUGUUGGAAUACCAAAAACUAGUUUUGGCCUCAGUUUUGGUCAAGCGCUCCAUCAGCCUCCGUACAGUCCUGAUGUAGUUCCCUGCGAUUUUUGGUUGUUUUCAAGAUUGAAAAUGCCGCUCAAGGGAUACUAA